CCUGCAGAGGUCCAGUAACAAAGUUUCGGAGCUGGAGGGCUGGUUGCUUCCUUCAUGGGCACCCAAAGCGGGCAGUCUGCUGCUGCCGCCUUGCAAGAGUCCACUCUUCUGCCAGUCCAUGUCAUCAGCACCACCUGUUCAAAGGUACAAACCUCUGACCCAGCUCUAGUCCUGGAUGUACUCUAGCCCCAAUAGGAUGGUGAUACGUCCGUGCUCAGUGAGGCCAUUUCCCCUGCUUGUUCUGUUCGUCCUCUUACCCACAUUCAGCUUUGUCCUCAUCUCAGAUGAAGAGGCUGCUGUUCUGGCCAAAACUGAGCAGGAGAAUCUCUUCUGCUUUUCUCGAACCUUUGAGGAUCUCACCUGCUUCUGGGAUGAACCAAUACAUGUAAAAGGGUCAUAUCACUUCUUCUACACAUAUGAAGGAGAUGUAAAACGAGAAUGUAACCUGACCACAGGCAAAAGCACUGAUGGAAGGUGGCGCCAUGUCUGCAUCUUCCCCAAUGACCAUCACAGCAUUCAGGUCUUCAGUGAACUCUUCAUUGAAGUGCUAGACACCAUCACCAAUCACACCACCCUUUCGCAGAAACUGUCAGUGGAGAAUGUUGGUCUCAUUGCUCCACCAGUGAAUGUAUCAGUUGAGUGGCCUGGGUUGGCCAGACAAUUGUGUGUGACCUGGGUUCCCCCACCUAUCUACCAUGUGGAUGUCUUGAUCUAUGAGGUUCUUUAUGGUGUUGAAGCUUCCACCGAGCCACCAUCCAGGAUAGAAGUGAAGAACAGCCACACAUGUCUCCAUGAUCUGCUUCCUGGGCAGUGGUAUCGCAUCCAAAUCCGCACCAAGCCUGAUGGCAUCUCUCUUAAUGGGUUCUGGGGACCCUGGUCUCCAGCAGUGUUAGCAGAGAUGCCCCAUCUCCCAGGGGAAAUCAACUUGCAUUGCUUCACUCCUGACCUGCGACAACUGCAUUGCCAGUGGGAGUGGAUGACCAUGGAACCUGACACCUACUCUAGCUGUUUGUACUGGGCGGAAUACAACAGCAUCAGUACAAGACCACAUGUCUGGCAUAAAUGUGAGGAGAAAGAAGAGAGAAGCAGGCCAGACUAUAACUCCUAUUCUUAUGUCUGCACCUUCUGUCCUAAGAACACUAGCUACAUAUCUGUUCUGGUGACUGUUACCCAAGGUCAGCAAAAACAAAACUACUUUGAAGAACCAUUUCAACUGCACCACAUGGUGCUUACUGCUCCACCAAAGAUUUUGCAAGCUACGGUAGACAGAGGGAUUCUAAAGAUGGAGUGGAACCCACCAUUGGAAGAGUUAGCUGAACAUAUGGUGUAUCAAAUACAAUAUGGAGCAAAAGACACCUUGAAAUGGAAGGCUCUGCAGGUGCAGUAUUCAAACAACAGUGAAAUCCAUCUGGCCACUGGGGAUCACUACUGUCUUCAGCUGCGUACUCAGCCAGAUGGGCAGAAGUUCCGAGGGCACUGGAGUGCCUGGUCAGAAUGUGUAUGUGUUGAAAUCCCACCUGACACAGAUUCAACCAUCAUGAACAUGGCAAUUGCACUGCUGCUCUGUGCAGUGCUUGUGUUAGGGUUGAGCUGUACCUGCCUUUCCACUUUCAGCAGUGUGAAACAAAAGCUCUGGCCGCCCAUCCCAGACCUUCACCAUAUUCUGGAUGCAUUCCUUGAAGACAACAGCAAGCAACACCAGCAGGAACAGGAGAAUGUGAAUGCUUUAUUCUGUGACAAAAGUUUGGAGGACACGCCUUUAACUUGCCUGCUAGAAGUGUUGCCUGAAAUGCCUCAGGAAACACCAAUUUAUGAGAGCCUUCUAGAUACUAUCCCACUGGAGCAGGCAGAAUGGGACAGCGAGCCUUCUUCCCACCAACACUACAUGGUGCUGAGCCCCAAUGAUCCUCAAGGGAGCCAUAAUGGGAAUGAGUAUUUUGAUAGCACCGGUAAUGGGUGUGACACCCUCCCACUGCCCUUGGAACAUGAUCAACACAUAACUCCAGAGCAUAAGAGACGGCUAAGUUCCUUCACCUUGUUUGAUCCUCCACAUUUGGGCCCUGAAUUAAAAGAGGAAAGAAAAUGGGAAGAUUCUGCAAACCAGUCUACAUCUGCCACCCAUAUUUCAAACCAGUCUUAUCUGCUGAUGGGUUAAUCAUACAGGUGUAUUAGUGGACAUUAGAAAAUUAAAUAGUGGAGAGGGCUGUAACAUUUUACUUUAUGAAAGAUAACCACGUGUCGUGUUAUUCCAGAGAAACUAUCUCUUUAUUAGUUUACCUCCAUCUAUAGACUGCAUUCUGAGGGCCAAAGACUCAUAAAACAUGCCCUUUAAAGCUUUUUUUCAAAAUGGAGGAGAAAGGCAACCUGGUUAGUGGUAUGGGUUGAUAAGGAAAGAGCCGGUUGCAAGAAUAAGCACAUAGCUUUACAGCAUGUCCACAGUAGGAGCCAUGUGGUAAAUAUGUGGUCAAAAACAUAACACAAUUAGCAUGUGAGAGAAUUAAUUCUUUUCAUGAUAACUAUCUACCCAUCCGGAUCAAGCCUCACCAUAUGUCUUUCUUUCUUCUACCUCUAGUAAUUUUAAAGUCA